AUGAGUGUGACCCCGCGGCUACUCCGUCGAGCAUCACAAAGGGUACUUUCGUCAUCAAUUUCUACAGGGAAAGAAACUGUCUGUCCAAAAUGCCGCCUACUCGUUACACGCCAAAACCUUCAUACCUACCGACGGCGGCCGACGGUUGUUCCUGGCCUCGGGGCUAGCGUUCAGCUUACCCAAAAGCGCGGCUUUCUAGAUUUAUUCAAAGCAGAAUGGAAAUCGACUUUUGAGAAAAAAGUCGAAAAUAAACCGCAGAAUCCCGGUAUCGCUGUGUUAGCAGCACUUACUUUAUACGUCGACGAAAAGGCCGGUAUGGCACCGACAACCUCGGAAUUGAUUAAAGCAUUCAAAAUGAUCGUUUUCGACGAGGAACUACCUAUAAUAUUGAAGGAUGAUGGAGUUUGUUAUGGUCUAUUACGAUGUCUGGAAACCCUUAGCAAGAGAGGCGAUAUCGACGGAGUCAAAUCCCCUGCCCUUGCCCGCCUUCUGGAAAGUUUACACCAUCUCGAACACACAACAGCGGUCAGUUUGGCCGGUGCGCUAUUGGGUUAUAUCCGGAGGGUACGAGAACAUGAUAGACCACUUUUGAGGGCUGGGUUCGAAGCCGUGGUUGCGACUCUGGCGAAUACCUACGAUUUUAGCAAGGCAAUGGGUUUCUUAACAGUCGGAGCGGAGACCUACGGGCCUAAGUUAAUAACUGGGAAGGCUUGGUGGCAUGUUCUAAGAAAGAUUAUUGAUAAGGAUGACGAGGAAGCCCUAUUAAAGCUUACCGAGCUGGAAGGAGUCAGAAAACCGAACAACUUGGGCGACGUGGGGGUGUUGACAGGUGCAAUGCGGUUCUAUAUGGAUCGAGACGACACUGCAAAUGCAAGGAAGUGGUGGGACGAGUUGAAGGAUUCGGCGACUAGCGAUACCUUCAAAAUGAUAUUUGGGUAUGCAGUCGGGCACCCCGAAGAUCGAGCUGCGAAGGAAUGGAUUGAGCAUUUGUUCGAGCAUACAGAGCUCGUUGAACCUGAAACUCCUCCGAAAGACGAAGCUCGGUUAACAGCCAGGGAAGAGCUCGAGGUUAUGAAGCUGAAGUGGAAAUGGAGUCAAGGCGAGACAAUACAUACAAUUGCCGGCUUGAUACCUUCUAUUUCGCCGAAAACGAAGAUAGAACUCAUCAACGAGCUGGUGGACUUUGCGGUAUGGAGGAAAGAUGCAACAGCAGCUCAGGUACUACUAGUACUAGCUGAAAGGUGGCGUGUCGAACCUAACAGACGAACACAAGUUUUACAUAUCCGAGUACGGCUGAUGCUGGAGGAUACAGACGGUGCCUAUGAAGCAUGGGAAAGUUUGAAGUACUACAGGCACGCCCCGGACUCAGACGAGGAAACACUGGAGUUACUGCGGUAUAUGACCAGCAACAUCAAGACCAAAGCCGAUGUCAUCGACAGUUUAUAUAACGAAACCUUGAAGAGAAAGAUUUCUCUGGAUGUGGAAACUUUGUGCGGCCUCAGCAGGUGGCAGAUAUUCAAUAAGCCCUUUAAUAUCAUCAUCGCGACUUUGAGUCGGGAAAUCAACAACUAUCACCCGGGGGACCGUAUGAAAGUCAUUAUGCAUCUUGGGGAAUUGAUGGGAAUGAAAGAUCCAGAACUAGGAAUCGGCGAAAUGUGGAAUGUCUACCUAGCGAUGCGAGGAUUGUUCCCAGAACUUCCAUUGUCAGCACGAAAACAAAUAAUGGAACUCUUCUUCUCGAGGGGGGCCUCUGAUGUCGCAAAUGUCAUAUUCCUGCACAUGCGUCAGACAAAACAUGCGAAACCGGAUGCCGAAGCCUACGCAUCUGCCUUCCGCCAUUGCGCAAGGCUACAAGACGCUCAGACAUUAUGGUCAAUUCACAUACAGUUCAAGGUGGACCCGGAAGUUACACCGACCACUGAACUAUACAACUCCUUAAUGUAUGCUUAUAAUUCGGUCAACCAACCCAAAAAUGCCUUGGAUAUCUUCAGAACAAUCACAAAUAGCAAGGAGGGUCCGAAUAGUGAUACCCUGAGCUUAGUAAUGAUCAGUUGUGGGCUUGCCAAGGAAAUGAUGGCCAGCAGAUCUCCGCUGAUCUGGAAAAACUUUUUGAAGCUUGGGUUCAAACCAACUAGUCACAACCACGCGAUGAGGUUGUCUGCGUGGUGUCUGGCAGAUAAGUAUGACAUGGCGUUCAAGGUUCUGAGGGAACUGGAGUCAAAAGAUGGAUUCAGGCCAAAUCGGGAGAUAUUUAUGGGAUUAUAUGCCGAAUAUCAGCCCUCGAGGCGCCCGGAAAUCGAAAAGUGGGCACAGGAGAACAUCCCAGAGGUGUGGAGGGAGAUCGUAGCUGACCCAGAGGAACCGUUGAAAAAGUACGAAGGCCAACAAGAUGUUUGGGUGAAGAACGCCCCCGAUAUCUUCCUGGGCUAA